GACUAAACAAACCGACAUUUGAGUUUUGCAGGGCACUCGGGUACUUGCAGGGCUGCACAGCUCAACGACAAACUAGCAAUGUGGGCUGAAAAAGUGGGGAAACAGCUGGGCCACCCAACUCGAUCAGUGGGAGGAUGGCUGAUCAGUAAGUUUCUCAAAGCGCGCAACCGGGUCCUUGAGGAGAAUGCUGUGCAACUGCUCGGGAUCAAACCUGAAGACACUGUGUUGGAGCUGGGUCACGGCCCGGGUCUGGGUCUGCAGACAGCAGCCAAACUGCUCACAAAGCCCACAGGCCGCCUCAUAGGGGUCGAUUAUUCUACGUACAUGCAUCAGAUGGCAAGUGAGCGAUUGAAGGAACUCGUGGCCAGUGGGAAAGUGACGCUGUACCACUGUGAUGUAGCAGCGAUGCCUCUGGAAGACAACUCUGUGGAUAAAGUCUUUCAUUGUAACUGUUACUACUUCUGGCCUGACCUCCAGAAGGGAGCCACAGAGAUACACCGUGUAAUGAAACCAGGAGGUCUAAUGGUAGCCACACUGAGGCUGUCGAAUGUGGCUGCUGUGGCAGCAAAACAACUGAUACCAGGGGAAAACUGGCGCCCGGAGGCCUACAUGACAGCUCUGACAGACUCUGGCUUCACUGACGUCAGAAUGGAAGACAAACAGCUGAAAUAUGUUUCUUUUCAAGCUAUCUAUGCUACUGCCUCAAAAUGAGAUUGAAAUCAAACUUAAGGUGAGAGGCUGCGUGAAUUCUUCCCCACUUCUGGGAUUGUUAACCUUUGGGAGACUUAGUUUAUUUUGGGUUCUCCUUUCUUUGGCAGAUUUUAAAUGCCUGAAUGAAAACAUAUCAAACACAGGAAUUCAGUUUAAUUCAAUGUACAUUUCUAUUUGCCGAAAUAACUGAAUUGUUUUUAAUUGUGACAUGCAUGCUUGUACAUUAUAAGUCAGACAAAAAAAGUUACGAAUUAUGUUCUAGUCUUGCCCAACGGAGGGAAGCACCAAUACUAAAUGCAAAGCACUGUAAUGAAAAAAAGAUAAAACACUUUACGAAGGGGCGAUUGUCUUUUAAGUAAGGAUUGUGUUAGGGCAAAACUGAAUUCAUUUCUUAACAUUAAUGUGAAGACAUUUGAAAUCUAAGUACAGUCACUAAUAAAGAAAC